UCUCUUGUUUUUGCUAUACUGCUGUUCAAAAUCGGUCAAUAAGUUGAUACUGAACUAUCAUUACCCUUGGUUCAUUGAUCACUACCCACAUUUCAUUCGACACUUCUCAAAUCGACACUAUGCACCACUCGAGUACUACUCAGGUCUCCAUAGUGGACAUCUUCUUCCCUGGCUUCACUGGCGCCAUGGCGGCGCUGAACCAACUUCUCAACGGUACCCUGGACAGCUUUGCCAUGACGUUGUGCGUCUGCGGAAUAUUCAUUUUUGGUGGCAGAUUCAUUUGCAAUAGCGUGGGAGGCUUCGUAGAUGCUUACUUAAAGCCGACGUUCACGAUCCUGACGAAGGAUACGAUAUGCUCGAAUGCUGGGUCUCUUCCCAAGACUUUGCCAAAAACGCUCGUUCAUCCCUUGUCAGCGUCGACAGCAGGCGAGGACGGGCCAUGUACCGUCCAGACUACGACACUACGACCAAGAAGCCCCUUCGAUUUACCCCGUGGAGAGAGCGAUUGUAUUUUUGGUACAAAGGGCAUUUGCUCUUUCUGCAAUGCACGCAAAACGAGGUGGCAUUAUUUCCUCGCAAGACAAUGACUGUUUCUUGUGUUGGUGGUUCCUCGCAAAUUCUGCGAGAUCUCAUGGGUGAAUGCCGCCUUGAAUACCUGAAAAUCUCACAAGACAAAACUUCAAUAUUCGAACAUCACAAUAAUGGCUGGAAAAGAACCAUGACCCGAGAAAUCAGGCCGAUCAAAACCGUCAUUAUGAAGGAAGAGUUCAAGCAAACGCUCCUGGACGACAUUCGCGCCUUUCUCGACCCUAAUUCUCGUGCUUGGUACGCCAGUCGCGGUCUGCCAUACCGUAGAGGUUAUCUGCUGUACGGUCGCCCGGGGACUGGAAAGUCGAGCUUCAGUAUGUCUGUUGCCGGCUGCUUCGGUCUCGAUAUUUAUGUCGUUAGUCUUGCCGACAUCAACGAUAUGCGGCUUAGUGCCUUAUUCGCCGACCUUCCCCAGCGCUGCGUCGUUCUGCUCGAGGAUGUUGACGCAGUCGGCACUACACGAGCUCGAGAUGCUGAUAACGAUGAAUCUGAUCUGGGCUCAGACGUAUCACGUGGCUCAACAAAGUCUCAUGGAUCUCUUUCAUUGUCUGGAUUACUUAAUGUCCUUGAUGGCGUGGCUUCGCAGGACGGUCGUGUCCUUAUUAUGACAACGAACCACAUUGAGCACUUGGACGACGCUCUGAUACGACCUGGCCGCGUCGACAAGAAAAUCGAGUUCGGACUCGCCGAUGCUGAGGUGAUUCGGAAGCUGUUCUGCACUGUUUUCGAGCACUCGGAAAAGGAGAUGCCUGAUGCCGAGACCCGAGACAAGAAUAACGUAGGUGUGCAGCAGCUGGCAGUCAAGUUUGCGAGUGUCGUGCCGGAGUUGCAAUUCAGCCCCGCUGACAUCCUGUCGUUUCUUCUUGCAAACAGAGGCUCGCCAUCGAGCGCCUUGGCCGAUGCGGAAGGGUGGUUGCUCAGAACCAGGAAGGCUGGAACACUCAGGCGAUGUGAUUCUUGGGGUCAAAGUGAAUGAUCAUGAAAAAAAAUGAGUUGGGAUAUUCAUCAUGUCAUAUUUCAUAGCUCUGGAAUGGAACAAGUCAUUUUGUCACGAGUUGUGGCACGCGGCAAUGGGCAUACGAAGUGUAGUAAAGUGGCUUAAUAUAUCAAAGUUGAAAUAGACAAAAGAAAAAGGUCCUUAUCCG